AUGAAAGUUACUGUGGUUGCCUACAAUCCCAUCCUCCAGAUCGAAGCGACAAAAGCUGUCUACGCGGCAAAUCCAGCCUUCAGGUACGAUCCAUCCUGGAGUAUGGCCUACUUCAAGUCCGAUGCUCCUAAUGGAAUUGCGGUCGGUCCCUCCGGCAAGGGGGCGCUUGGCAUAGCCCCCAAUUUCUCUCUGUUCAACUCGUCGUCAACUGGCUCUUUCUCCCUUUCGUUUUACGGCAAGCUCAAGGUCCUGAACAUGUUCGUCACGCCAUUAGAUCCGGCUCAGCCCACGGCAAAUGUGACCUAUUCACUAGACGGCUACACUUGGACAACGGAAAUCAACGCAACUAGCAUGCCCAUGCCGGCGAACGCGACCACCAACACCAUCUGGCCAACUCUGGAUUUCGGACCAUUGGCACCAAACAUGACUAUGGGCAGCCACAACCUCACAGUUACUGUCGGUGGCGUGGUGGCAUCUUUCCGCCAGAUGGUAAUUGACCGCGGUUUUCAAACCGAGGCCAAUGAGCACAGCACGCCAGGAGAAGACACCUUUACUGAUAUCACCGACAGGACAGCUUCUUACAUUCCCAACCAGGCCGCCCAUUUGUACGCAGGGAGCGGGCGGCUGAACGCGGCCCCGAACGGGCCAUUCAUUUGCCCAAGCCCGGGUUCUUGGUCAAACGAUACCAAUUCCAACGGUAUGAAUAACAACGCAAUGCUUGGGAACCCAGGAGCCAGUUGCAGCAUCCAGUUGCCACUCAACACGACAUAUCUAUACGUUAAUGGUACAGGAAACUAUAACAGGGGAACAGUGACGUUCCGACUGUCAGCCCCGGUACCCGUUCCCGGCUUCCCAGCGAAAGUGUCCACCAGCAUACCUUACAUCUUCCCCCUUACCCUGUACGAGACGCCACUGGACCCGACACUCAUCUACAACCUCACCAUUGAGGUUGGAAACGAUGGGCAAGUCGGCAUCGACAUGGUUCAGGUUUGGUCGUCCCUGUCCUUUGGAGGUCCGACAGUCAACAUUACGGCAAAUGCCGCCGGCAACCCGGACCAGCCAUCCACAAGGCAAGGUGGAGGAAGGACCAACGUUGCUGCCAUUGCUGGCGGAGUGGUCGGCGGCGUGGUAGGGGCAUUGGUCAUUGCCGGAGCCAUAAUCUGGUUCUUGAGGAGGAGGCAGAAGUGA